AUGCCGUAUGACGGCGCCGUCGGCGGUUUCCGGCUCCGGUGGGACGUGUUCCUGAGCUUCAGAGGCGAAGACACCCGCCACACCAUCACCAACUCACUCUACGACGCGCUUGUGCAGCGCGGCGUGCGCGUCUUUCGCGACGACGACGCCCUCAACCGCGGCGACGAGAUCGCGCCGAGUCUUCUGGAAGCGAUCGACGACUCCGCGGCCGCCGUCGUCGUGCUCUCGCCGAGGUACGCCGACUCCAGGUGGUGCCUUGAGGAGCUCGCGAAGAUCUGCCACGGCGGCCGGAGACUGAUUCUGCCGGUGUUUUACCAGGUGGACCCCUCCGACGUCCGGCGACAGAGCGGGCCGUUUGAGAAGGACUUCAGGUCUCAUAAGGAGAGAUUUGAAAGCUCCAAGGUCUGUGAAUGGAGAAAGGCCAUGGCCAAAGUUGGUGGCAUAGCUGGGUUUGUUUACGACAGCAGCAAAGAAGCAGAGUUGAUUCAAUCUUUAGUCAAAACGGUGUUGGCUGAAAUAAACAGAACCCCGGUGGGUCUUGCAGCAUACACAGUGGGUCUUGAUUCCCGAAUUGAAGACAUGAUGAGGUUGUUAGAUGUUAGAUCAAGUGACGUUCGGGUUGUGGGAGUUCAUGGCAUGGGUGGUGUUGGCAAGACAACACUUGCCACGGCUAUUUUUAAUAGACUUGUUGGUCAAUUUGAUGGACACAGUUUCAUCUCAAAUGUUAGAGAAGUCUCCGCAGGAGAUAAGGGCUUGGUAUCUCUUCAAAACAAACUUAUCAACAAUCUUUCCCCUGGUAAGAUGCCUGUGACUGACAUUGAGACCGGUAUUUCUGCGAUCAAGGCACUAGUAUAUGACAAGCGAGUUCUUGUUGUUCUGGAUGAUGUUGAUAAUGUUAACCAGCUAAGUGCUUCAGUUGGCAAAGGAGAAUGGUUCAAUGAAGGAAGCCGAAUUAUCAUUACCACGAGGGAUAAAGGACUAUUACCCAGUUAUCUUGUGAAUUAUAAGUCGUAUGAGGUCAGGGAGUUGCAUGAGUCCCAGGCACUACAACUGUUUAGUUACCAUGCACUGAGAAGAGAUAAACCCACAGGAAAUUUCUUGGAUCUCUCUAAAGAAAUUGUGUCUCUUACAGGAGGGCUACCGUUAGCUCUUGAAGUAUUUGGUUCUUUUCUAUUUGAUAAGAGGAGAAUAGAGGAAUGGACAGAUGCUCUGCACAAACUGAAAAAGAUUCGGCCACAACAUCUUCAGGAUGUGUUGAAGAUAAGUUAUGACGCGCUAGACGAGCAAGAAAAGUGUAUCUUCUUGGAUAUUGCAUGCUUACUUGUAAAAAUGAAUCCCAAGAGAGAAGAUGCAAUUGACAUAUUGAGGAGCUGUGGUUUUGAUGGUGAGAUAGCAAUUGCUGACCUCACUGCAAAAUCACUUGUUAAGAUUACAGAAGACACUAAAUUGUGGAUGCACGAUCAAGUUAGGGACAUGGGAAGACAAAUCGUGAUACACGAAAACCUUUUGGAUCCUGGCAUGCGUAGUAGACUGUGGGAACAUGAUAAAAUUAUUAAUGUCUUAAAGGAUGAUAAGGGGACAAGAUGUAUACAAGGCAUAGUCCUAGAGGACCUAGACACUGAAUGGAAAUUGAAGGGUCCAAGGGAUCUAACCGGCGACAAAAUUUCUUGGAACAACUUUCAAAGUAGCCCCAAUUUUACCUCUGCUACUACAUACUUAAAGGAAAGAUACAAAGCAUAUCUUCAAAAGCAAGCAGAGAAAAAGAGUCGGAUUACAAUUCACUCUAAACCCUUUGGAGCUAUGGUCAAUCUUAGGCUACUUCAGAUGAAUUAUGUGAAUUUGGAAGGGAGCUUCAAAUUUCUUCCUUCUGAAUUGAAGUGGUUACAAUGGAAAGGUUGUCCUCUGAAAUCUCUUCCUUCUGUUCUUUUCCUUCAGCAACUUGCUGGCCUUGAUCUUUCAGAGAGCAAAGUGGAAAGAUUGUGCAGUGGUAACAAGAAUAAGGUGGCUGAGAAAUUGAUGUUCCUGAAUCUAAGUGGCUGCAGUUCUCUAACUGCUAUUCCUGAUUUAUCUGGGAAUCAUGCCUUGGAAAAGCUUAUUCUUAAGUAUUGUGUUGGACUGAUUAAGCUCCAUGAUUCGAUUGGGAAUUUGAAUACAUUAGUCUACUUGAACUUGCAAGGGUGUAUAAACCUGGUUGAACUUCCAAGUGAUGUCUCCGGCCUGAGAAAACUUGAGAACCUAAACCUUUAUGGUUGCUCACAAUUGAAAAGACUGCCAAAAAACAUCGGAAGCAUGGUAUCACUAAAAGAAUUUGUCCUUGAUGGAACUUCUAUUGAAAGUCUACCCGAAACUAUAUUCCAUCUCACAAAACUUGAAAAGCUCAUCUUGAACCGGUGCGGAGCCUUGAAAGGGUUACCUGAGGAGAUUGGUAAGCUGUGUUCUUUGAAGGAGAUCUCCCUUAAUGCAUCCGGUUUGGAAAAGCUACCUGAUUCCAUUGGCUCUUUGGCAAACCUCGAGAUACUAAGUUUGUUCUGGUGUAGUUCACUGACCACUAUUCCUAACUCCCUUGGUAACCUCAAUAACUUAAUGGAAUUUUUUACUUACGGUACUCCAAUUGAAGAACUGCCAUUGAGUUUUGGUUUAUUAUCAAACUUGAAGGAAUUAUCAGUAGGACAUGGUCAUUUUCUGCAAGCACUACCAGAUUCCAUUGGAGGACUAAAAUCACUGGUUGUGUUAAAGAUAGAUGAGACAUCAAUCACAGGUCUUCCACAAGAGAUUAGUGCCUUGAAAACACUUGAGAAGCUUGAGCUAAGGAAAUGUAAAUUUCUUAGAUCAUUACCAGAAUCAAUUGGAAGCCUGAGGGCACUAACUUCUAUAAUCAUUACUGCAGCAGAUAUCACUGAGUUGCCUGAAUCCAUAGGGAUGCUGGAAAAUCUUACCAUGUUACAGUUGAACGGGUGUAAACAGUUCCGCAAGCUCCCAACAUCAAUAGGACAGUUAAAGUCCUUGCACCGAUUGCAGAUGAGGGAAACAGCAGUGACAGAACUACCUGAAAGCUUCGGAAUGCUUUCUAGUUUGAUGGUUUUGAGUAUGGGGAAGAAGCCUCAAAAUGGGAGACAUGUGGAAGAGAAGUUUAUACUUCCAGCUUCCUUCUCAAAUCUGUCCCUGCUGUAUGAACUGGAUGCUCGUGCUUGUAAUAUAUCUGGUGAAAUUUCUGAUGAUUUCGAGAAGUUAUCAUCACUUGAAACUUUGAAUCUCAGCCGUAAUAGUUUCUGCCGCCUUCCAGCCAGCCUGAGUGCCAUGUCCGUGCUCCGAGAACUUUUAUUGCCUCAUUGUAGAAAGCUCAAGUCUCUGCCUCCGCUUCCCUCAAGUUUGAAAAAGGUGGAUAUUGCAAACUGUAUUGCAUUAGAAAGUAUCUCUGAUGUUUCAAACCUGGAGAACUUGACUGAACUGAACCUUACAAAUUGUGAGAAAGUUGAGGAUAUUCCAGGGCUGGAAUGCUUGAAUUCCUUGGUAAGGUUGUACAUGAGUGGCUGCAAGGCUUGCUCAUCAGCUGUUAAGAGAAGACUUGCGAAAAAGAGCUACCUGAGGAAAACAUGCAAUCUUAGCAUACCUGGAAGCAAGAUACCAGACUGGUUUUCUCAAGAAAUGGUUACAUUCUCAAAACGAGGAAACCGCCCUCUCAAAAGUGUAAUUCUAUGUGUUGUGGUUUCUCUCAACCAUCAAAUACCUGAUGACCUAAGAGAAGAACUCCCUGCUGUGGUAGAUAUUCAAGCACAGAUCCUCAUACUGGAUUCUCCUACUUUCACUACAACAUUGAUCUUAUCGGGAGUACCCAAUACAAAUGAGGAUCAAUUUCACUUGUGCCGGUAUCCAAUUGGUCAUCCUUUGGUGUCCCAGUUGAAAGAUGGUUAUAGGAUACAUGUAAUGAGGAGAGAGCCGCCAUAUGUGAAAGGGGUGGAGCUGAAGAAGUGGGGGAUUCAUUUGGUGUAUGAAGGUGAUGAUGAUUACGAGGGGGACGAAGAGUCACUGAAAGAAAGCCAUCAAUCCCUUUCAGAAAAACUGGCCAAGUUCUUCGGCUCUUUUGAUGAUGAAGAAGCUGACUUCACCUCCGGUAUUGAACAAGAUGAUUGCAUUUCUGCAAAUAGAGAUGGUGAAGAUGAAGGAAUGCCAAUGGCACAAGAAAUUAGAGAAAGUGAACAAAGAAUAUGGUUACAUGAUCGCCAUUACUUCGUUUCUUUCUUCCUAGUGCUUUCUCUCGUCUUUCUAUCUUUGAGUUGGUUGUAUUUGUGGGUGUGAUACAUGACUUACUGAGUUGGUUGUAUUCUUCUCCUAUUUGAUUUACGAAGGCGAUGAUGAUUAUGAAGGAGAUGAAGAAUCAUUAAAUGAAAGCCAGAAAUCCCUUUCAGAACAACUGGCAAAUUUCUUCAGCACUUUCGAAUAAGGCCUGCAUCCUAAGGAAUGGGGGAAACCAAAGAUUUAGCUCCUUUAUUCAUUUGUGUGAUGGAACUAGUUGUGACUUAUGGUUUUUGAAUAUGUUGUAUGUAAUUUAUAAUGACUUUUACAGGCGUGAUCGCCUAGCCUCCCACUGGGUCUAAGCCAUAAAAAAAAAAGAAUGUUUGAUACUAAAUAUAUGAAUGUAUAUAUUACACUG